AUGCGUUUUGUCAUGAUGCUCACCUAUUUGUUAGGCCCGUUCGGAUGGGCCUUAAACAUAACAGAGAGAAAUGGGAGCAAAUUUGGAAAUAAAACUGUUUUAAAUGAAGAAUCAAAUGAAAGUGUUCUUACAUUUUCAACAGCUGAACUCGUCUCGGAAGGAAUUAUUCUCACAAUGAUUUGUUUUACAGCUAUAGUUGGAAACACCUGCAUGUGGAUAAUAGUUAUACGGAAUAAAGAUCUGCGUACCGUGACUAAUUCUUUUCUUUUGACACUCGCCUCUGCGGAUCUUAUGGUGUCCGUUGUAAAUAUGCCUGUGACCAUUCUGACGAUAUUUAAAGGAGAGUGGGUAUUUUCGGAUGAUGCAUGUACGAUACUUGGAUUUACAAAUAUGCUUACACUGGUCACAAGUGUUCUAUCCCUCUGCAAUAUAAGUAUAAACAGAUACAUUAUGGUGUGUAGACCUACAAAAUUUAAGACAAUAUAUACCAAACGAAAUGCAGCAUUAAUGAUUGCAGGUUAG